UUGACAACAGUAGCCGCGCCCAAGACCAAGGCAGUCAACAGAAUGAUGACUUUCUCAUAGGCAUAGCUGACUUUAAUCUUUUCAAUUACGAGAAUUGAGUAGUUAAGAUAGAGUCUGGAAAGUCUUUGUGCCAUUGGGUUGGAAGUUAAUCACCAUGUCCCUUCCAGGGAUGGAUCAAUAUUCAGAUGUCCAGGUUUACUUCACAGCCAAGGAAUGGGCAAAGAUCAGCGUUUAUGAGAGAACAUGUAUCAAGAAUGUCAAAGAAAACUAUGAGAUGAUGAUAAAUCUUGGAUUACAAGUGAAUCAACCAAAGUUCAUGCAACGUGUGCAAGUUAUAAAGGAAGAAAUCAAAGAGGAAAGUGAUGGAGGGGAGGAGGAAAUAAAGUCAAGAGGAUUACAAGUAAAUCAACCAAAGUUCAUGCAACGUGUGCAAGUUAUAAAGGAAGAAAUCAAAGAGGAAAAUGAUGGAGGGGAGGAGGAAAUAAAGUCAAGAGGAUUACAAGUGAAUCAACCAAAGUUCAUGCAACGUGUGCAAGUUAUAAAGGAAGAAAUCAAAGAGGAACAUGAUGGAGGGGAGGAGGGAAUAAAGUCAAGAGGAUUACAGGUAAAUCAACCAAAGUUCAUGCAACGUGUGCAAGUUAUAAAGGAAGAAAUCAAAGAGGAAAGUGAUGGAGGGGAGGAGGAAAUAAAAUCAAGAGGAUUACAGGUAAAUCAACCACAGUUCAGGCAACGUGUGCAAGUUAUAAAGGAAGAAAUCAAAGAGGAAAAUGAUGGAGGGGAGGAGGAAAGAAAGUCAAGAGGAUUAGAUGUCCAUUCAGAGCUUUUUCAGCCUCAGCCUUGUGAAAAGAAACCGAUCCUAAAGGACUUGGGAAAUGGUGAUCUCCUUGAAUCAACAGACUUUGAUAAAUCCAUCCCAUUACAAACCAAUCCAACAUCAUCAGGUGAUCAGGGUAAUCAAUCAGGUGAUCUCAACACCCAGUCAUGUGAUCAGAAGACCAAACAAACAGAGAGAGCUCAAAGAACUGACCAAGCCCCCAAGCAGUCCCAGGCAACUUCUUUAGAGGACAGUGGACAAGGAACUGGACAGGGUGGAAAUCUUUCAGGUAAAGAUGAUUUAAAUGAAACGGAGCUGAAUGGUAGGAAGGACUUUGAAUACUGGAUGGACUUUUUGAAUGAAUUAUCCUUUGCCCGCAGUGAAGUUUUGAUGUACAAUCCUACCUCUCUUAUCCGGCCUCUCAAAUCCAGCCUCUCUUACCCGGCCUCUCUUAUCUAG